AUGGGUCCAUGCAGACGCAUCGUCAGGCGCCCUCCUUCGCGCAACGAAGUGCAUGUGGUGACAGAGGUGUUUCUUUCCACGGUGGUCAUGCUUGGGGAGGGCCGUGCGCCAUCCCUGCGCGCUGCUGGUGAGUGGGAUACCCUGGAGAUGUGGGUUCCAAGUUCCAAGGCUAUGGUCAGGAGUCUCGCUGCACCGGUGAUUGCCGAUGUGAAAGCAACGGCGGAACAGUGUCAAGAGCAAUGCACGGACUUGAAACGACCCACGCAGCUGCGACUGGAGGGAAAUUUCCUGAAACGCGAUGGCCAGGACGUGGUCAUGGACCUGCCAUCGACGGUGAAAUGUGAUCCCUUGGAACAUUUGCUGGUCAUCAACUUGGAGGGUGAAGGGGGCCAAGCCCGAAGAGAUCACAUCUACCGGGAGUUCGAAAAAGUGGGAUUGAAAGGACGUUUUCGCUUCUGGCCUGCCAUCAACUUCAAGAAUAGCACCCGAUUAGCGAAGGAAACCAACCGCAAGGAGUGCCCUUGCGACUCAAAGGUGGGAUGUGCGUUGAGCCACCGAGAAAUCUAUGAAAUGAUGCUUUAUGAGAAAUGGGCUUGCGCCACCAUUUUCGAAGACGACGUAGGGCUGGCCACCAACUUCAGUGGUCGGGUAGCUGCUACGGUAGACAGUUUGCCCCCCUUCGAUGUGCUCCUUUGGGGCUUUUGCCCCAGCGGAAGUAAACCACGCCAUGAGUCCGCGGACACAACGUCCGUACCCAAAGUGAUGUAUGGCUGGCCCGGCAGCUGUGUGCACGCCUACACCGUCAGCUUGCAGGGCGCACAUCUCCUGACGUCAGCCAACUCCCCGGUGCGAUAUCCCCCAGAUGGUGCCAUGGAUGGAAGACAUUGGGGCACACGCGUGCGGCCCUACAUCGAUCGGACGCCUGGAAAGUUUACGGGCUCCUAUUGGUAUGUCCUGCCAAUGAUGGCCUAUCAGGGUGUGGAAGCCGACAAUCUGGGUGGUGGUGUCUAG